CAAGCAGAGCAGAGCGGGACUGAGUAAGAGGAGGACAGAGACGCAGACGUGUGCAGACCAGAGCACAGCAACUCCACAAAGACAAGAGAGGAGAAGAGUUUGCAAGGAGAUAAUAAGAGAAAGAAAACAGCUUUUUUUUACAUCAGCAAACUGUGGUGGAUAUCAUACCUACAUCAAAAGAAAUCUAGAGGAACAAAAAGGAUUUGCUUUGCUUCACAGCUAAGAGGAAAAUAUUAGCAUUUGUUAUAGUUUUGUUUUUUAUUCAUAUUCACCACAAAUAUUGAAUUAUUCUACAGGACUUGUGAGGUGUAGCAGGUCUCUUGGUUUUUGCAGAGAAGCACAGAGACAAAGGUGGACAGAAAGAGAAGUAGGGGUUUGUUGAAGAGAAGCUGGCUGCAGUGGUGGUGAAUAUGCCCGUUAGAGGUAGCUGUUUUGGGGCAGGCAUGGGCAGGCUGGCCGGGCAGCCACUCUGGAUGUGGGUGGUGAUGCUCUCUGCUCUGCUCAUGGGCAAUGCUAGUGCCUGCCCAGCCCUGUGUACCUGCAGUGGCACCACAGUAGACUGCCAUGGACUGGGUCUCAGAACCAUGCCAAGGAAUAUUCCCCGCAACACUGAACGACUGGAGCUGAAUGGAAAUAACCUCACACGCAUCACCAAGAGUGACUUUGCUGGACUCAAAUACAUCCGAGUUCUGCAGCUGAUGGAGAAUCAGAUUACUGUGAUCGAGCGUGGGGCUUUUGAUGACAUGAAGGAGCUGGAGAGACUGCGACUGAACCGUAAUCAACUGCAGCAGCUUCCUGAGUUGCUGUUUCAGAAGAACCCUGCCCUGUCUCGACU